AUGGCCGGCGGUGCCGCCUGGCGGGAGCGCAUUGCCGCCGCCGUCAACGACGACGACGCAAUGUCGUUCAGGCUCGAGGGGCCGUCUCGCCAACCAACCCCUUCGCCGCCGCCCCGACCAAACUCUUCGCCGCCGCGUCGACCAACCCUUUCCGCGCCGCCGCCCCUUCCCACCUCCCCUCCAACAACCCCUGGGCCACCCGAUGACGAGGAGAAGAAGGACAAGGAGAAGGACGAGAAGGAGGACGAGAAGAACAAUAAGACCUUCUCUAAUCCUAGGAUUUAA